UCAAGUUAACUUGCAACACUUGUCAAAAACAAGCCAGUCAUUUCGAGCGGCUUUUCUACAAAAAGGAAUCGUAAAUUGAAUUGUGACAGAGUUAAGGAUUAAAAUGGGUCCCGACUUUGACUUUACCGAUACGCCCGUCAGCACUGGCACCACCAUCAUGGCCGUGGAGUUCGAUGGUGGAGUGGUAAUUGGAGCCGACUCCCGCACCAGCUCCGGCGCCUAUGUGGCCAACCGAGUCACCGACAAGCUGACCCGCAUCACGGACAAGGUAUACUGCUGCCGCAGCGGAUCUGCCGCCGACACCCAGGCCAUCGCCGACAUUGUGGCCUACUCGCUGAACUACCACGAGAACCAGACCAGCAAGGAGGCCCUCGUCUUUGAGGCCGCCUCCGAAUUCCGCAACUAUUGCUACAGGUACCGCGACUCCCUGCUCGCCGGCAUCAUCGUGGCUGGCUGGGAUGCACAACGCGGCGGCCAGGUGUACAGCAUCCCGUUGGGCGGCAUGCUUACCCGCGAGUCCUGCACUAUCGGCGGCUCCGGUUCCAGCUUUAUUUACGGAUUCGUGAGGGAGCACUUCCGCCCAAACAUGCAGAAGGAGGACUGCGUGACUUUCGUCAAGAAGGCUGUCCAGCACGCCAUUUACCACGACGGCAGCUCCGGCGGAGUGGUGCGCAUUGGCAUCAUCAACAAGGAUGGCAUCGAGCGUCGCAUUUUCUACAACACAGACUCGGGCGCCUCCGAAGUCUCCAGCACUCCCAGCUUUUUGUCCUCGGAAUAGAUAGUGUAGUUCCCCAAAUAAGAUCGAUCUGAGGUUGAGUUGCAAACUCCUCUCAUGCUAAUAAACAUGGUUUUUGUAAUAUGGAUA